CUGCCUCCGCCCCGCCGUUGAGGGGCGCCAGUCGACCCAGCGCGGUACCUCCUUCCAACGCUUUCCCUGAGCGCCCCGCCGGCGGCCCCGCGGACAGAUCAUUGCUCUACAGUUGGCCACCAGACCUGUGCUGCUCCCCUGGAAUUCCAACCAGCCUCCCCAGAACCACUGCUGCUACCACCAGGCUGGGAAGGAGGAAGAAGGCUGCCCUCCCCUUUUAUGAUGACUUCUUUCCAGACCCUUGAGCUAAAACCAGACCACCAUGUUUGGCAGCUAAAACUUUGCUGAGGACCUGGGUGAUCUCACCCAAAGCCGUAUGAGGAAGAUGAUUUGAGGAAUCGAGAAAGUGGACCCAAGAAUACCAACUCCCAGCCAGCCCGCCGCCUCAACUCCAAUCUUGGGGAACCUGUGUCUGGAGGGGACCCAGCUCGCCCACCCCUGCGGAUAGGGGUUGGAGGAAACCGGCUUUGCUCCGCCCCCGGAGCUGGGCGGUGACCUGUAGGCGGCAGCGCGCCCUGGGCGCUCUCACAUAGGGCGCAGCGCUGGAAGCGCGGAUCCCCGUGAGCUCGCGGAGGUAGAAGGCCGGCGGCGACAUGAGCUCUGUGCCAGCGUUCCUGAGCGCGGCAGAUGUGCAGGACCACCUCCGCAGCUCCAGCCUACUCAUCCCGCCUCUGGAGGCGGCUCUGGCCAACUUCUCCAGCGGCCCCGACGGAGGGGUCAUGCAGCCGGUGCGCACCGUGGUGCCCGUGGCCAAGCACAGGGGUUUCCUGGGGGUCAUGCCCGCCUACAGUGCAGCAGAGGACGCCCUGACCACCAAGUUGGUCACCUUCUAUGAGGGCCACAGCACCACCUCCACUGUCCCCUCCCAUCAGGCCACUGUGCUUCUCUUCCAGCCGAGCGAUGGCUCCCUUCUGGCGGUCAUGGAUGGAAAUGUCAUAACUGCAAAGAGAACAGCUGCCGUAUCUGCCAUCGCCACCAAGGUGAGGAUAUGGAACCGCACCAAAGAAAAUGCAGAGAAGUUUGCGAACACAGUGCAAGGAGAGGUACGCGUCUGUUCAUCGGUUCAGGAGGCUGUGACAGGGGCAGAUGUGAUCAUCACAGUCACCAUGGCAACAGAGCCCAUUUUGUUUGGUGAAUGGGUGAAGCCCGGGGCUCACAUCAACGCCAUCGGCGCCAGCAGACCUGACUGGAGAGAGCUGGAUGAUGAGCUCAUGACACAGGCUGUGCUGUAUGUGGAUUCCCAGGAGGCCGCCCUGAAAGAGUCUGGAGAUGUCCUCUUGUCAGGGGCCAAGAUCUUCGCUGAGCUGGGAGAAGUGGUAAAGGGAGUGAAACCAGCCCACUGUGAGAAGACUACGGUGUUCAAGUCUUUGGGAAUGGCGGUGGAAGACAUGGUUGCAGCCAAACUUGUGUACGAUUCCUGGUCAUCUGGUAAAUAAAACGAAGGAACUUUGUGUUGAAUGGAUGCUACAGCUCAAGGGGUAUUAAACUAGUUGUCUCAUAAUCUCUAGAUUAAAUGAGGGAGCCCAGUGCCCAGUGAUCUAUAGUUUUGUGCUUAUCCUGUCUUACCUUAAAUAAUGAGAUCCCCUUUUGUGUUUGUAGUUAGAAAGCAAAACUAAGUGGCCAUUCUCUGCUAUGCCAGAUUAUACUAGCACUCCCUUUCCCCUGUAUUUCACUGCCUUUUGUAAUUCCUUGAAAUAAAGCUUUUUCCAGUUCUGCCGUU